AUGGGUCAGCAACCCCCAGUGGGCGGGUCGCGGAAGAUCUCUUUCAAUGUCUCCGACCAAUAUGAAAUCCAGGAUGUCAUCGGAGAAGGUGCUUAUGGUGUGGUCUGCUCCGCCAUCCACAAGCCGUCCAGCCAGAAGGUUGCCAUCAAGAAGAUUACCCCUUUCGACCACUCCAUGUUCUGUCUGCGUACCUUGCGUGAGAUGAAGCUGCUGCGGUACUUUAAUCAUGAGAAUAUCAUCUCCAUCUUGGAUAUUCAAAGACCUCGCAACUACGAAGCCUUCAGCGAAGUGUACUUGAUUCAGGAGCUGAUGGAAACCGACAUGCACCGCGUCAUUCGCACACAAGAGCUAUCGGACGAUCAUUGCCAAUACUUCAUCUACCAGACCCUGCGCGCACUCAAGGCCAUGCACUCCGCCAAUGUUCUUCACCGUGACUUGAAGCCCUCCAAUCUCCUGCUGAACGCCAACUGUGAUUUGAAAGUGUGCGAUUUUGGUCUGGCGCGAUCGGCCGCCUCCACCGACGACAAUUCGGGUUUCAUGACGGAAUAUGUGGCCACUCGUUGGUACCGUGCGCCGGAAAUCAUGUUGACAUUCAAGGAAUACACCAAAGCCAUUGACGUCUGGAGUGUCGGAUGUAUUCUGGCCGAGAUGCUGAGCGGGAAGCCUCUCUUCCCCGGAAAGGAUUAUCACCACCAGUUGACCCUUAUCCUGGACGUUCUUGGUACGCCUACCAUGGAAGAUUACUACGGCAUCAAGUCACGACGAGCUCGCGAGUACAUCCGCUCCCUCCCAUUUAAGAAGAAGAUUCCCUUCCGCGCCCUCUUCCCCAAGAGCAACGAUUCAGCCUUGGAUCUUCUCGAGAAACUAUUGGCCUUUAACCCGGCCAAGCGCAUAACUGUCGAGGACGCCCUGCGCCACCCAUAUCUCGAACCCUACCACGACCCGGAUGAUGAGCCAACCGCGCCUCCAAUCCCAGAUGGAUUCUUUGAUUUCGACAAGAACAAGGAUGUGCUGAGCAAAGAACAGUUGAAGAUCCUGAUCUACGAGGAGAUCAUGCGGUAG